CGCAAACCAAACACUGGCCGCCAGCUGCUACACGACCGAGUGGCCACAGCUCCGUGACAGAAGGGAUCAUCCACCUGCCACCGGACCGCGGGGACGCUGACAUCUCCUCCCGCGUUAUCACCGCGUCACAUAACGGUGUCAAUAAUAUUAAUACAAAUAGUUGCAGGGCUCCAGGCUGGAAUUUUUCUUUUCUGGAUAGCACCAGAGUAACAGUCCAGUGGUGCGUUGUGAGAGGAGCUCCGUGUCCAUCCCCUCUCCCUGUCCAGACGUCCAGCCAGUAUGUCCAGCGAUCCUCCUCCUCCGUACCCCGGAGGUCCCAGUGCCCCAAACUUUGAGGAGAAGAACGGACAACCUGUGAGAACCGCUCCGCAGGGACAGCCCUUGCCUCCCGACUAUGGUCCUCCCCCCUACGAGGCCUCACAGCCAGGCUACCUUCCCCCACAUGUUCCAGGAGAAGGACCCAUGCCAAUGCCAAUCCCGAUGCCGCUGACACCACAAGGUGGUCCCUACCCACUGCCCCCCGGUCAUUUUGGUCACCCGAUGCCAGGACACAUGGGCCCCGGCCCCAGUCACUAUGUCCACCAGAUGGGGGGCCACACAGCCACCGUCCUGGCUCCUCCGGGGGCAGCCACCACUGUGACUGUGCUGCAGGGGGAAAUGUUCCAGACCUCGCCAGUGCAGACCGUGUGUCCGCACUGUCAGCAGGCGAUCGUCACCCGCAUCUCCCACGAUGUCGGCCUCAUGAACACACUCUUCUGCCUCUUCUGCUUCUUUGUAGGGUGUGAUCUCGGCUGCUGCUUGAUUCCCUGUCUGAUUGACGACCUCAAGGAUGUGACACACACCUGCCCUUACUGUAAGGGUUACAUUUAUACAUACAAGCGCAUAUGCUAACCACCGACAGCUGUAUGCCACAGAGACGUGUACAUGCACACACAUAAAACCCACAGCUCCUCCCGCUGGUAGUGACAGCCCCCCCGACCUCCAUUUUUUUAAAGUGUUGUGUAAGCCCUCUUAAAUUGUAAGUGUAGUUUUCUCAUUAGUUCACUAUAUUUAUUGUAUAUAAUCUCUCAGCAUAUUUUUUCCCCCCAUGUAUAAAGAUGCAAUUCAAUUGUACAAAUCUCCCACAGAGCUACACACAGGAUUGUAGGGCACUGAAACAUUCACGUAGAAAAGCAGAAGGCACGCAGUUGCAUCUGAUCCUGUGUGGAAACAUGGGAGGAGACUUGUGAUGUUAAAGUUAUCUAUCCAAAUGGAACCAGAAACAAACGAUAGGUUGACAGUCUCAGUUAGAGAAAACUUUGAAAAUGGUCAGGUUCUUUAUUUGAAUCUGUUUUAAUCUUUCAUCUGUGAAUCUCGGAAGCAAGCGUGUUGAAGUCAAACAAACUGAGAAAACAAUAAUUUCUUUUAUUUAUUUCAGAAAUUUUAUCCACUAUUUUAGCAAAUUAAUCUUAACAGCUGUGAACAUUUGUCCAUUUCGUCUGAGAAUUUUCUUCUAACAGACCUAGUUUUACCUUUUUUGUUGUGAAUGUGAGCAAAUUAACCAGCCAUUUUCAUCUCGACAAGUGCAUGUAGACUGGUGACACGUUAAAUGAAAAAUAACCGACACACACAAGUGUCUCAGUAAGACGUUUGGCCCCCUUGUACCACCAGCUUCAUGAAUCUACUGGAGGGAUUAAACACCAUUCCUCUAAAAGACCAUCCCUCAUUUUGAUGAAUGUGAGGGACAGUGCUGUCCAACACGUCACUCAUGGGUGCUUUAUCCUAAUCAAACCACACAGUGUCCCCUGAAACCCCCAUUGUUCUGCUUUUUCUCUUUAAUUUGUCACCUGGCUAUAUUUGCUUGUUUUGGCCAAGAUGGAUGUUACUUGCUAUAUUUAUUAACCUGGGCUUCAGUGAGCAGUCACAAAAUGUCGAGUGAUGUACAGUUAAACUAUUAAACAUGAACGCCCUCUGUCCAUUUUCGAUAAUAGAGCUAACAUUUGCACUUUAAGUUGAGAUUCACAUUUCCCCCCCUUCUUUAGCUAUGAACGUCUGCAAAUCCUGAGAGGAAAGAAAUGUGAUUUACAAUGUCAUCGCACCAGUAUAAGCAGUGUCAAAUUUUGGCUUUCCCUGGCUUAGUGGUUUGCUCAGUGAACUCCACUGUACAUGCACUUAUUCAGGCUAAAGUAGAAUUUAAAAUAGAGCUGCAGACCAAGGAUUGUACCGUUAGGAGACACAAUGCAUGAUCCGAGUAAUCUCGUGUCCUUUGGCCAAAUGUUUCCAUCUUCUCACUGAUGCUGCCAAACAUGUAGUUAGUUUAAAAAGGAAUCUUUGGCGGGCAAAGAAAACAACAGUGGUGGCGCCAUCAAUCAGCCAUUCAAGAAAACCUGCACUUCUCUGAUGCAUGUUAGAUAACAACCACAGAUGUCUGUUGACUAUUAAUGUAAUUACAAAAGAAAAUGAAUCCCUGCUAGUGUCAAAGGACUGUUAUCAGACAUCUUGCAAAAAUGAUUGAUCUUGCAGUGGAUUGUGAUUCCACUGCGACGAAUUCAAACAAUGUUCCACCACAGCAUGCCUGAUCUGCAGUUCACCUUCGUUCAGUGCAGAGUUAGUCUGCAUGAGCCACACAUCAAAAUGAUUAAUUGUCACUGGCUAGUUCCUUGAAUCCGUGCAUUUGAUUUUUAUUUCCCUCUCGAGGUAAGCUAAGCUGUGCAAGAAGUUUUAUGUAGAGUUGAAGGAUUGCAUUAAACUUUUAAUACAAAGUACUGUAUGCCAUUGUUGUGGAUAAUGCUGGUCUGCAUUGCUCUCUAAAUGUCUGUGAUAUGUAUUAACUAUGUAAGUCAACAUUUGUUUGACUGUUGUAUACAGGUGAUAUUUUAUCAAUAAAAAUCAGAAUAUGAUUUUCCAUUGAAACUUAUUUUAAUGGUCCAUUAGCUGUUUCUAUACACAGAAUAGAAACAACAGAAAAAUGAAAAAGAUCUCUGCAAGCGCCUGUUGCUGAUAAAUAAAGGCCCCAAACUGAGUAA